AUGUCACCUUCAAACACACCUAUCCGCGUUGGAUUGAUUGGCCUUUCCCCCGGAGGAGGCUGGGCACCCGUCUCUCAUCUCCCCUAUCUUCAGAGAUCAUCCAAAUAUUCCAUCACGGCCGUUUGCAACUCUUCUCUCGAAAGCGGCAACAAGGCCAUCGAGCAAUACAACCUCCCAUCCGCGUCUACCAAAGCCUAUGACUCGGUUGAGUCGAUGUGCGACUCCGGUACCGUCGAUCUAGUCGUUUGUGUCGUUGUCGUUUUCUCCCACUACAAGCUCGUGAAGCCUGCUAUUGAACGACGCAAGGACGUGUAUGUCGAGUGGCCCCUCUGUGGAACAACCGAGGAGUCAAGGGAGCUCGCUCAAUUGGCCAAGGAAAAGGGUGUUCGAACUAUCAUUGGGUUCCAAUCACGCGCUGGCCAUGUCCACUCGACUCUGCAAGAGAUACUCGACAGCGGCAGAAUUGGACGCGUCCUAGCCUCGCACAUCGUCGGUAGCUCUACCACACCAGAGACUGGCAAUCGGUUGGACAAGCGCUACCUUUACUUCAAAGAACGACAUGCCGAGGGAACCACGGGCCAGGUCACAUUGACUAUUUACAUGGGCCACACAAUGGACUUUGUUGCAUCGCUGCUAGGCCAGCCCACAACCGUGUCCGCACAGCUACAGACCACAUGGCCAUACGUGGAUAUCGUGGACGGGGACAAAAUCAUGGAAACCAAUGUCAAGAAAACAGCCGACGACUACGCAUCUCUUCAUGGAACUACCGAAACAGGCGUCAAGUACACCUACGUUCUCCGAGGCGGAGAUGCAUUUCAAGAAGGCGAAGGCCUCGUGUGGGACAUCAUCGGCGAGAAGGGCCAGAUUCGAGUGACAGGCGCCACGAUAAUGCUCAACAUUGGCGCAGAGAACUACAAGAUUCAGGCCAAGGACUAUGCAACUGGAAAGAUAGAGACGGUACCAAUGCAUCAAAAGCUGCCGCUUCCGUUGCUUUCGCAAAAUAUUGGAAUGAUGUACGAGAGGUUCGCGGAUGGGAAAUCCGUGCCCACUUUUGAGGAUGCGGUAAGGAGACACGAGUUCUUAGAUGCUGUUUUCACUUCGAACGAGGAAGGUGGUUCAGUGCAAAGCUUUUCUGAGAAAUAG